AUGAGACUUCUAGCCCUUUCCAGUCUCCUCUGCGUGCUGCUUCUCUGUUUCUGCAUUCUUUCCUCAGAAGGGAGAAGGCAUCCCCCCAAGUUCUCAAAAUCCAGGCUCUGCUGCUACCCUUUUCCUAGAUCCAAACAGCUAAACCGGAAAGGAAACUACACCAGGAUCUGCAGACUAUGCAAAAGCAAGCCACCAUCCAAGUCCUGGGUGGUACCUGGUGCGCUCCCACAGGUAUAG